CGGCUCCGGCUCGGGCUCCGGCGGGAGGGGCCGGCGGGCGGCGCCGGAGGAAGCGGAAGCGCCGGCGGGUGGCUGACCCCGGCCCUGACCCCGGCCCGCGGGACCGGCGCCACGCCCGUCACGGGCCGGGGAGGCGGCUGUGACCUCCCGGGACACCGGCGCCUCUUCCUGCCGCAGCCCAGGUCGACGCUCAAUCCCUGAGUGACGGGCCGGGCCUGUUUGUUUACUGACUUCCGGCCGCUGCUUUCUCGGUGACGGAGGGCUGGUCACCUGACGGUCCUCCCGGAGCAGGUCCGUCCGCCCUGGACACGGCGAAGAGCGAGCUUCGGGCGGGAGCGCUGACCCGUGGGCACCCUCCCUCGGGCGGCGGGCGCGCCAUGCCCCUGAUGGUGGACGAGGCCAUGCGGCUGCUGUGCUCCCUCUCGGAGGCCAGGAAGAUGAAGGCGGCCGUCAAGCACGCGGGCCGGGGCGCCCUGCUCACCGGCGCUGUGGCCUUUGUCGGGGGCCUGGUCGGGGGCCCGCCGGGACUGGCCGUCGGGGGCGCCGUCGGGGGGCUCCUCGGGGCCUGGAUGACCAGCGGGCAGUUUAAGCCGGUCCCCCAGAUCCUCAUGGAGCUGCCGCCGGCCGAGCAGGAGAAGCUGCUCAGCCAGGUCACGGCCAUCGUCAGGCACCUGGAGUGGACGGACGCUGUGCAGCUCACCAUGCUGGUCAUGGGCAGCCAGGCGCUGCAGGAGCAGCUGCUGGCGCUGCUGGUGGGCUACGUCACCAAGGAGCUGCAGGCCGAGGUGCAGUACGGAGACUAGGCACUAGGGGGGGCUCCUGCCUGGGGCUCCUCGCGGCCCGGCUGGUCCUGAUGGUCUGGAGAUGCUGACGAAGACGCCGCGGGAAGCUGCCGAGCAGAGGCCUGAGGCGGCCGCGGGGACAGGCUCUGCGUCCGCGCUCCUGACGCGCAGGGCGGAGGGGGCGGCCCCUGGGCUGUGGAGGUGGCUCUGGCGGCCCCGGCAGGACUGGGACCCCUCGGGGCCUGGCCGCCGGCACUGCUGGAAUCACGCAGCCCCUGAGACCACCCCCUGUCCCCCAGUCCCUUCCGGGGGCCCCACGGGGGCAGGGGGGCGCCAGGGGCACCGGCCCAGCAGCCGGGAGGAGCCCUGUGGCGGGAAGAGCUGUGCUCCUGGUGGCCUGGGGGUCAGGACGACCUCUGAGCAGCGACCGCCCCAAAGGCCCACACUGUCCUGCCUCCUGAACCGCACGGCCCGUCCGCGGCCCCACACGCUUCUGACCAGUCUUUACCCCUCGGGUUCCGGAAAGGAUGGCUCACCCACCGCCAGGGACAAAGGGAAGGCAGGGCCUGGGGCUGUCAGCGUGGAAGGAAGCUGGGAUUGCCUGCCUGAGGCCCCUUUCCAGGCUGCUCCGCCUCCCCGUGCCUCCAGGGGGCGCUGACUGCUCGGCCUCCCCGUGCCUCCAGGGGGCGCUGCUCCGCCUCCAGGGAGGGGAGUUCUCCUGCUCAGGAUGUCAGAGCCCCACUUCCAUGUGCACAGAAAACUGGGUGGAUGGAACCUGGUGCGUCAGGAAGGACGGAGCCUUUGGUCUCAGAGACAUUGCCCUGCAGCUGUCAGGGCCCAGGGGUCAGAGGUCCCACCCCACCGAAGGUCCCCUCUCCUGGGCCGGCCUGCCUUUCUCUGGGGAAAGAGCAUGGGGAGGAGACGGCCCCACCCCUGACCUCAGGGGCGGGAGGCCCCACCCCUGACCCUGGGGCUGGAGGACCACCCAGUGCUGAGCUGUCGCCCAUGACCAGCCCAGUCCUGGGAGGGGGCAGUGGCUUUGGGCCCCAGAGGCCCCCUCGGGCCUGAAGCUGCUCAGCCCCUGGGCUCAUCUCGUAAAAACCUCCACUUGGUUAUGUCUGAAGAGGCCUCCCCAGCUGGUCCUCAACCAGGUACCAGCCUAAGAGGCCUUCCCCUCGGCUGCCCCUGCCCCGCCCCUCUUGUCAAUCAAUGUCAUGUGCAUCCACUCAGUUAACGGUUUAACCAUGGUCUUUGUAAAGGAUUCCUUCCCCUUCAUUUGUCAACGAUUGCCGAAGACUUGG